UUCAUGAGGGAAGAGGCCAGGGACAGGCGCACAGCCCCGGGUCCUCUUCUCUUCUCUCACGUUUAAUUCCACGUCGCAGGCCCGGGAGCCCGAGCAGGGGCUGCGUUUGUGUUCAUAGGAUGUCCCGUCAUGAAGGUGUGAGCUGUGAUGCAUGUUUAAAAGGAAACUUCAGAGGUCGCCGGUACAAAUGUUUGAUUUGCUACGACUACGAUUUGUGCGCAUCGUGCUACGAGAGCGGUGCCACCACGACCAGACACACCACAGAACACCCCAUGCAGUGCAUACUGACGCGAGUCGACUUCGACCUGUACUAUGGUGGGGAAGCCUUCUCGGUGGAACAGCCCCAGGCCUUCACCUGUCCGUACUGCGGCAGGAUGGGCUACACGGAGAUCUCUCUGCAGGAGCAUGUGGCUGCAGAGCACACGGAGACCUCCACAGAAGUGAUCUGCCCGAUAUGUGCAGCGCUGCCAGGUGGCGACCCGAACCACGUGACGGAUGACUUUGCUGCUCAUCUCACACUUGAACACAGAGCUCCGAGAGACUUGGAUGAGUCCAGCGGGGUGCGGCACGUAAGGAGGAUGUUUCACCCCGGGCGUGGGUUGGGGGGGCCGCGGGCCCGCAGGUCUAACAUGCACUUCACCAGCAGCUCCACGGGGGGGCUCUCCACCAGUCAGAGCUCCUCACAGAGCUCCAACUACAGCAGAGAGGCCAUGGACCCCAUAGCAGAGCUCCUGUCGCAGUUGUCGGGGGUGCGGCGUUCGGCGGGAGGCCAGCUGAGCUCGGGUCCUUCUGCCUCCCAGCUCCAGCAGCUUCAGAUGCAGCUCCAGUUGGAGCGCCAGCAGGCGCAGGCGGCGCGUCAGCAGCUGGAGACGGCCCGAAACGCCACCCGAGGGGGCGGCCGUGCUAACGCAAUCCUCAACACAAACUCGGCGUCCGCAAACCCCAACCCCAGCGCCAAUCACACCAACAACCCCAGUCCCAACCCGGGCCCGACCGAGUCCAACACACAGCACACUGCACACAGCUCCCAGUUUCUACUCAGCAGGCUGAGCGAACCCCGGCUGUCCGAGGCGGAGCGGCAGGCGUGCGAGGCCCAGUGGGCCGACAGGAGCCUGUUUGUGACGGAGCUGCUGCUGUCCACGCUGCUGCCCGACGAGGACGCCUCGGCCUCCUCGUCCGAAGACGAGGACAACUGCCCCGGCUCGUUGCGGAGUUUCGCCGACUUCGAGGCCAUGGGCUGCGUUGAAGUCAUGACCCUAGACGUGGCGCUGGAGAACCUCAACCUCAAGGAGACGAGCCCCGCUCCCAAGACGCCGAAAACGACGACUAAACCGGCACCGACGAAGAAAGAACCCCCGGCUCCGCCCCUUUGAUGACAUGGCUGCUCCCUCCCCCUGAAAACACCAUUGAGACUAGCCGACUGCUCGUCAGUCCAAGUGCCAAUGGAUGACAAAAAAAGACUGCAGUUCUUUUUGGCCUUUUUUUUUUGUUGUUUUUUUUCGUUUCCAGUGAUUGUCAUUACAGCUCUGCCGCUCCCCACUCCAGCCCAUGUUUUACGUUGUGUACGUUGAAUAAAAGUAGUGAGACGAGAGAAUGUGCGAGCGAGCGUGGUGGGUGAGUGAGAGCAAAGGAAAAAUGAUUAUAUAAAUAUAUUAUAGAAAAAUCUAUCCGAGAGUCGAUAAUCAAUCCCACAUAACUCGCUCUUCUAAGCGUAGUUGGCCGUUUUACGAGACGAACUCGUCACCGAGGGAGAGGAGGGCCGACCGAAGCCUCUCCGGUAAAAGCGCUGCUGUGUAUUUAUAAAUUAAAGAAGUGCUUGGAUGGUUUACCACAACUUGAGCAUGAGCUUAAAUCACCAUGUGCCCAUUUUCUGCGCUGCACAGUCACCGGACGGGGACGGUGCCACACGGUUGGCGUUUCUCCACACACACACACACACACACGGCUGUGUUUGGUCGACCUUUACGUCCAGUCUCAACCCCCUCCCCCUUUGUGCAACGUCACCAUUUUUGGGGUCAUGUGACCUGGCUUUAUAUCGACUGCGGGCACUUUGGUUUUGAUUCGCGUAUCCGGUAUUCGUUUGUGUACACUACAGAUGUUCCACUUGAACUCGAUACACUGCUGAGGCAAGAGAGACGAAACGAUCUCUUCAGUCCGACUGUUUCAUUCAUUGUUCAACACGAACACAACCCUGCUCCUCACGGUUUCCUUCUUUCUUUUACAGAACACCACAUGCUUCUAUCUCAAACCUUCCAUUUUAAAUUAAUCCCAUUACUCAUGAAAUGCAAAGGUUAUUCAUCAUGUGACUUCUCAUUAACUUCUCAGACUCAAAAGAAAAGAUCUUUGUAUGCCUCCAGUGCUAGCUGAAGAAAUGCAAUGUAAUGUUUUUUGGCUUCAGACGAGCCAAACGACAGGGUAAACCUUUCAGAUUGGAGGAGAAUAAAACUGUUUUUGGAUGGAAAUGAACUAACCCAA